UAUUUUAUUUUUUUCCCAAGGACGCAUUUCUGAAAUGCUCAUGUGUUCCAGGAGCGUGAUCUCAUUUCAUCCUCACAACCUACUGAAGGAGCUAAGACUUGGAAAGGGUACCAUAUGUGUACGCCUGGUGGAACUCACACUCGGAAAUGCUGAUGACAGGCGUCAAGACAGCUGAGCCCCACUAGACACCAAGAAAGUCCAUGGCUCUGGCUGCGUCUCUCAACAUGAGCAACCCACAGCCUGCCACAGGAGGAGGAAUUUCUGAAGUUGAGAUCAUCUCCCAACAAGUAGAGGAGGAAACCAAGAGCAUUGCUCCUGGGCAGCUGGUGAACUUUGCCUAUCGGGACUUGCCCCUGGCUGCAGUCGACCUCUCCACGGCAGGCUCGCAGCUCCUGUCAAAUCUGGAUGAAGAUUACCAAAGAGAAGGGUCCACCUGGCUGAAGCCGUGCUGUGGGAAGAGAGCAGCCGUAUGGCAGGUAUUUUUGCUCAGUGCCAGUCUCAACAGUUUCCUGGUAGCCUGUGUAAUAUUGGUGGUGAUUCUCCUGACUCUGGAACUUCUAAUAGAUAUAAAGCUUCUCCAGUUUUCUAGCGCAUUCCACUUUGCUGGUGUCAUUCACUGGAUCAGUCUGGUCAUUCUCUCCGUGUUCUUCUCAGAGACUGUUCUCCGGAUUGUGGUGCUCGGAAUCUGGGAUUACAUCGAGAACAAAAUAGAGGUGUUUGAUGGGGCUGUGAUCAUCCUGUCCUUGGCCCCAAUGGUGGCGUCUACUGUGGCCAACGGGCCCCGGAGCCCCUGGGACGCCAUCAGCCUCAUCAUCUUGCUCCGAAUCUGGCGGGUGAAGAGGGUCCUUGAUGCUUAUGUCCUGCCUGUGAAGGUGGAGAUGGAGAUGGUCAUCCAGCAGUAUGAGAAGGCCAAGGUCAUCCAGGACGAGCAGCUGGAGAGGCUGACGCAGAUCUGCCAGGAGCAAGGGUUCGAGAUCCGGCAGCUGCGGGCACACCUGGCACAGCAGGACCUGGACCUGGCAGCGGAACGGGAGGAGGCGCUGAGGGCCCCACAGGUGCUCCACAGGCCAUGCAGCCGUUACCAUGUGGUAGAGGAGACGGCAGCUGAGGGCAUUGAGGGUAUUGUGGAGCAGCUGCAGCCCUCACCAGGCACUGGAGUCCCAGAUCCAGCCGUGUGUGUGGUCACCACGGCUGCCAUAGACGUCCACCAGCCCAACGUCUCCUCUGACCUCUUCUCGGUGGACGUGCCCCUGAAGCUGGGCAGCAAGGGCACCUGCGUGAGCUCCACCUCUGAGAGCGCCUCCUGCUCCACUGGCAGCUCCGUCACUGGGGUCCAGAGUGACAGCAGCCAGACACUGUGCUCCUCCAGGGACUGCAGCACCGCCCGCGAGUUGUCCUCUGAGCCCAGCCCCUCUCCCUUGCCACUGCCACCACCACCCCAGCAGCAACAUGCGGAGACCACAGUCCAGGACCUGCUGUCCUCCCUGUCAGAGGACCCCUGCCCAUCCCAGGGGGUCUUGGACACAGACCCCUUUGUCCAGCCCAGCCCAGCCGGCUCCGCCCCAACCAGCCCCGAGCUGGAACGCAGGGUCAGUCUGUUCAACCAGAAGAAUCAGGAGGGCUUCGCUGCCUUUCCGAUCCAGCCCGUCAUCCACUUCCAGCCUGCUGCGCCCACGCUGCAGAAGCUCAGAUCUUUGGAAUCCAAAGAGUAGACACUGCACAGGGUUCCUGAAGCCUAGAGCCUCCAGCAGGCUGGGUGGGAGAAGGGCAGACAGUCGGGGCCCCAGAGGCCAUCAAGGGUCACAUGAGGGACCCAGGAGCCCACCUGGCCUCUCUCAGGGUGCUGCCUGCCUCCAGGGAGGUGAUUCCAGGACAGGAGGACACACGCCUCAGACCUCAAAGCCCGGAGCUGGUGCCGCCUCUGGCAGUGAUCAGGGGAAGGCAGUGCUCAUGGCUGGGGUUUUUUAAACCAUUUUUACAAAAACCAGCCUGUGGCCCAGCUUCAGCAGGGUGUAGAGUCCAGGCCCAGCUCAGCCUCUGCCGUUGCCUUUGUUCCUGGUGCCCACCCUGGACCCUCGGGAACAGCACUGUGAGCAGGGGCUGUCCAGCCCCACCCCCAAGCCCUCUAGUCCAGGAAUCCUGGGUGGAGCCCACACAAUCACAGAGACCGCCAUCUGAGCCUAUUUCGUUCCUCCUCAUUCUCUCAUUUCCGCAUGAGCCUUUCUGAGUAUUUUUAAGACAAACCCUAGUUUUCACCUUCACAGGACAUAAAGGGAUGAAUUUGGAGGUGGGUGGGGGUGUUCUUGGGGGAGGGGACAGUCAUUUUGCAAACUCAGCUUUAAUAAUAAAAAC